CUACCUUUACCCUAUCUAAAGGUUGGAUAUCUGACUGCACCACCUGUGGGAAAUCCAGUUGCGCCCCACAGUGAUUGGAAACGAACACAGUUUAUUCUGAAUCAUGAAGGUCUCCAACAGCUUAACAAAGCUGAGCAGAAGCAGAUGUCACGAAGCCUUUCUGGCAACUCAGGAGAUACCAUGAGUUCCAAUAGAUUAGUUAUUAAAGUUGAUGUCCCAGACAUAGUCUCUGUUUCAGCAUGUGCCGAUCUGACCUUACCAUGAGGUGCAGGACUCAGCAUUGAUACAAUUCAUGGACCAGUUUUCUUGAUUGCUGAUUCUUGGGAAUCCUUGGAUGGAUGGCUUGAUGCGAUCCGUCUAGUUUACACAAUCUUUGCACGAGGGAAGAGUGAUGUUAUGGCGGGUAUAUUAACUUGAUAAAUUUAUAUCAUAUGAUUUUAUUGAAUUGCCUACAGUAAUGUUUUUGUGGAGAUGACUCACUGUUUUGUAGAAUACUUUGAAUUUGGUUGUUCAAAUAAGACUUUUGCAUGUUAAUUAAUCUUUUUGAUAA